AUGGUGCACUAUCCUCACGCUUCGGCUCCAACGGCGGUUUCUCCUCAGCGGCCCCUGGAUUUCUCUCCGAACGCUGUGUACGGGUCCGGCGAGGUAACAACGCCACCAGCUUUCACCUGUAACGUCACGACUUCUCCAUUAUUGUCAGGUAGUCUCAAUCCGAUGUAUCUAACUUCUCGAUUAAGCGAUACACUGGCGCCACCUAGGGCAUUACCUUCUGAAUAUUCUCCUUAUGGACUUCGGCCUUAUGACUUUGCACGCCACCUUCUGACGUCACAAACUGCAGUCAGUAAGAUAUUAGGGCGAUAUUAUGAAACAGGAUCUUUACGACCAGGUGUUAUAGGAGGAAGUAAACCAAAGGUAGCGACUCCAGCGGUAGUAUCUAAAAUAGAGCAGUACAAGCGAGAAAAUCCAACAAUUUUUGCUUGGGAAAUUAGAGAACGUCUCAUUUCUGAACGAAUUUGCACCAAUAACACUGCACCAAGUGUUAGUUCUAUUAAUCGAAUACUGCGAAAUCGAGCUGCUGAGAGAGCGGCGGCCGAGUUUGCUCGCGCCGCCGGUUACACUAUGUAUCAUCCAUAUGCAGCGGCUUUUCCAUGGGGACCUGCAGCAGCAACUCCACACAUGUGGCCGUCCUUCCCUGGAGCACAUCUUCCACUAGGAACGACCACCGAUCCAGCAGCACUUGCUACAAUGACUGCUUUAAAGGAACAACGGGCAGCAGGCCUUACUGAUAAAGACAGUGAAGAAGGGACAAGCUCGGACACAGGUGAUAGACCUAAGUUCCGAAGGAACCGAACUACUUUCAAUCCUGAACAGUUAGAAAUUUUGGAAGAAGAAUUCGAAAAAACGCAUUAUCCUUGUGUCAAUACGCGCGAGCGUCUUGCCACCAAAACAAAUCUGUCAGAAGCAAGGGUUCAGGUAAAUAUGUCCCUUCUACCUCAUGAAAAGUCCUGUCAAUGUACAAAGUCUGAGAUAGAUUUAUUUCCUCUUUCUCCAACACAAACAGUGAUUGAAGAAGGAUGUGUUGAUAAUGAUGCACUUAACGGAUCUUGGAAGAUAAACCCAUACAAUUUCAUGCAUUACAGUAUCAAUUCCGUAGCCAUUAAUGUGGAUGGAAAACAAAGUCCUGCUCGACCUUUAAAACCCGAUUUUGAUAAUGAUCUAUAUGCACAAAGCUAUGAACCAUUAUUUAAUGGAACAGAAAAACAGUUUCAAGAUCAAGGAAUUGGCAUAGGAUUUGACGAAUAUUCAGAAGGAUGGCCAUUACGCAGUGAUCGAACAUGUAGUCGAAACUUAUGUCGCAAGUCAUGGCUCCGAUGGCUUCCCAAAAAUGUUUAG